AUGAGAAAUGGUAUCCGUGUCACCACCGAGUAUGCUAUAAAUGACGAAGGAAAGAAGGUCAAGAUCACCCGCAAAAUAAAACGCACCCUUCAAAAAUCUGUAAACGCAAGAAAGUGGGCCAAGUUUGGCAAGGAACGAGGGAACAAGGAAGGACCAGAUCGAGCGACAACUACAGUGGGGGAGAAUGUGGCUUUGAAAAUCAGUGCAGGGAAUAAGUCCUCCGAGCCGGAGGUAACGCCCGAGCAAAACAUCAAAACCGAACUUGCAAAGGCUGGUGCAGGCAAGGUUAUGUGUCGUCUUUGCAAAGGCGAUCACUUUACCGCCAAGUGUCCGUAUAAGGACUCUCUGGCCGGUCUCGAAACUGCUGACCUACCACCUGCUGAUGACACGGCUGACGCGCCUGCUCCCGCAGCCAGCGGGGCAACUGGCGGCAAAUAUGUACCACCAUCAAUGCGUGGCGGAGCUUCUCGUCCUGGCGAAUCCAUGGGACGUCCAGGCGGCAAUCGUGAAGACCUCCCCACGCUCCGUGUCACCAACAUCUCCGAAGACACACAAGAGUCCGAUCUUCGUGAGCUUUUCGGCACGUUUGGCCGUGUGGCGAGGGUUUACGUCGGCCGUGAUCGAGAGACGGGUAUUGGCAAAGGAUUCGCCUUUGUGUCCUUUGAAGAGCGCGCUAUUGCGCAGCGGGCGAUGGAAAAAUUAAAUGGCAAAGGCUAUGAUAAUCUGAUUUUGAGCGUACAGUGGUCACAACCAAGACCGGACGGUCGCUGA